CGGGGCCUUAAAAGUUGAACAAAGAAGAAAGCUUAGUGUGAAACUGUGUUUUCUGCAGUUGAAGGCUAAUUAGGCUGCGGUUUCUCUCACCAUUUGAGAACUCAAAAUAAAGGUGAGGUGCACCAGCACUAAGAUGCGGCAUAUGAUGAAUAGUGUAUAUAUAAUUAAUGCCUGAGUUUUUAACAGACUGGGAUUGUGUAGCUAAAGGAAGUUUGUUGUUUGGAAGGGUUUCGUUUUCGGGUGUGUACAGGACAUGAGUAUGCUUGUUGGGACAUGCUUGAGCCAAGGGAAACCGAUAUACCAGCUCUGUUUCUUGUCUUUGUUGUGCUUCCCCUGGUUAGUUAUUUCGUACUAGGAAAAUGGAGUGAGACUGCAAAAAGGAAAGAGAGGUCAAGUUUGAUCACUGAAGGAGCGGCUGAGGAAGCUCUGCAAGCCAAGGAUAUGGCUGUUGGCCGUGUUAUGUCUGUGGUGCAUUUUCCAAAAAGUGGAAUUCGUCAGUGUGCCAGAUGCUUUGGCCCAGCUAAGACUCGUUGCUCACAAUGCAAGUCUGUUUGGUAUUGUUCUGGAAGGUGUCAGAUUUCUCAUUGGAGGCAAGUUCACAAGCUCGAGUGCGAGCAAUUGGGGAAGGACUGCCAGAGGUCAUGUCUGAAGCCUAUACCAAGUGAAGGAUCUUAUCAAGGGACCUCAUUAUCAUGUGAUAAAACUAUGGAACAAUGUUCAUCCCAAUACAACAUGUGGCAGCCAAGUGUUGAUAAGGCUUCUUUAGAGGAUGUUGUUUCUCCUCCCUCAACUACAUUAACCUCUGCAACUGCCUCAAGCGUGAUGCCAAGUACAGCUGGGAAAUCUGUCAUUAAUCGACGAUCUACAGAGAUCUGCUCAUUGCUUAAAGGCAAUAGAGACUCAUCAAGAAAAGCAGAUCGUGCUGCAUUAAAGUCCCCUAAGGAAGUCUCUGGGUUUUGUUUUACUCACCCCCCGCUCGUUCAGUCACCGGAAGAUGCUUACCUGAGGGAAGGUGAUUGUGUCCUGUCAGAACAUCAUGCUAACGUUCUUCCUGCAGCUGAGAAAGCAUAUGGUGGUCUAAGAAGUACCUUGCUGGAAAGUGGCACAACAGAAAGUGAAAGCUUAAAUGUAAUUGGUAGUGGAAAUAAUUAUGGGAUUUUAAACUCAUCAACUGCAGCAAGGAGUGACACAAAUGCAUAUGACACUCAAAUGGACUUGAGAAACGGAGAUUACUUGUACCAGAAAAGAAUCCCCUGCUGCGAUGAAAUGAAAGGCUUUAAUUCCUCUCAGAAGACUUCAGUGAAAAGAAGUAACAAAUCAAGAAUUAUUUCGAAUUCUCAUGGAAUUGAACCGCAUAAAUCUCCAAAAUCAAGGGUGAAAGUGUUUAAAGAACCACCAUCUUCAGAUACAAGUGUAGAAGUUCAAAAUGCUGAUGAGUCAAGAAUUGCUACAACGAAGGUAAACAUACAGGACUGUAAUAGGGUCGCAAACCUGGGAAUCAUGAGGAUGAUGGGUAUGAAAAAGUCCACGAAAAUUGACCAGCAGCGACAUUCAGAAGAUAGUACCAAUAGCCACAGAAAAGUGAAGAUGAUUUUUCCCUAUGAAGAAUUUGUGAAGUGCUUUAAGUUUGAAGUUUUCAACAUGACACCUAGAGGACUUGUGAACUGUGGGAAUAGUUGCUAUGCCAAUGCCGUAUUGCAGUGUCUGACAUGCACAAAGCCUCUGAUUGUUUACCUUCUUCGACAAUCACAUUCUAGAGCUGGAUGUGCGAAAGAUUGGUGCCUCAUGUGUGAGCUUGAGCAGCUUGCAUUGAUGCUGAGAGAAAGUGGUGGCCCUCUGUCACCCAUGAAUAUUCUUAUGUACAUUAGAAGUCUAAAUUCCCAGAUUGGGGACGGAAGUCAGGAAGAUGCUCAUGAGUUUUUAAGGCUUCUUGUGGCCUCAAUGCAAUCAAUAUGCUUGGAAGGAUUUGGGGGAGAAAAUUUUGUUGAGCCCAGGCUGCAGGAUACUACUUUUAUACAACAUAUGUUUGGAGGAUGUCUUAGAUCAAAGGUUAAAUGUUUGAGAUGUCACCAUGAGUCAGAGCGGUGCGAGAAUAUUAUGGAUCUUACUUUGGAGAUAUUUGGUUGGGUUAAAUCAUUGGAGGAUGCGCUGACUCAGUUCACUAGUUCAGAAGAGCUUGAUGGAGAGAACAUGUAUAGAUGCACAAGGUGUGCUACAUAUGUUCGAGCACGGAAGCAAUUGAGCAUACAAGAGGCUCCAAAUAUCAUGACCAUUGUCUUGAAGAGAUUUCAGGAGGGAAAUUACGGGAAGAUUAAUAAAUGCAUCACUUUUCCGGAAAUGCUGGAUAUGAUUCCAUUUAUGACUGGGACUGACGACAUACCUCCGCUUUACAUGCUUUACGGUGUUGUUGUGCACCUAGAUACAUCAAAUGCAUCGUUUUCCGGUCAUUACAUAUCAUAUGUGAAAGAUCUGCAAGGCAAUUGGUUCAGGGUUGAUGAUACUGAGGUCCAGCCGGUAGAAUUGAGCCACGUGAUGUCAGAAGGUGCAUAUAUUCUGUUCUACAUGAGGUCAUACCCUCGCUUGGCCCCUGCUAGAGGUUCUAACAUGAAGGCCAGCCGGCGUCGGAAUUCUGGCAUCCCUAAGCACGACCUAUCAGAAAUCCAAAGGUCUUCAAGACCUGAACAGAGCAAACUAAAUCACAACUUAGUUUCGGAUCAUAGGUUAGAGACAAAUGUAGACUAUACCAACAUCUCUAGAGGAAUCCUUAUUAGAGAAAAUAGAAAUAGAUCUUUGAAAAAUUAUGCCGGGUUCUCAGAUGUUACAUCUAGUGACUGGUCCCCAUUUACUAGCUCAGACGACUCAUCAUUUACCACCGAGAGCACCAGAGACUCUUUCAGCACACUGGAUCAUGCAGAAGUCCGGUUUUCGUCAAUCUUCCAGUCUCUGUAUCCAGCAGACUGUACAUCCCGGAGAACUAUCUCGUGCAGUGUGUUUCCAUUCAGUAAGUCUCUGACAAGAUUUGCUCAUGAAGAGAAGGGAUUCAUUUCAUUUUCAAGUCCCCCUAGACUUGAUCAGGAAGAAGAGUCUGCAUGGCCGGACGUUGAAAUUCGAACUGCAGGUUCUUACGGUGAAAUUAGCGUUGGUGAGGAUGUAAAUUAUAGUAGUGAUCCAAGAAAAGGACCCCCUCAAACUUCUGUUCAUUGUACAAUAUGAUUUCUAGGAAUAACUUUCUUGAAAUGGCUAAAUUAGCUAGUUGA